AUGGAGAAGUCUGAGAGGCGAUCGUUAGGAGGGACAGUCACAACAUUGAGAUCAUCUAGAGGUGCUGUAUUGGUGAACCAGGAUGGAUCCUAUGCAUAUAUUUGUCCUAUGAAAAAUGAAUCAAUCGUGUAAAAUGAGAAGUUAAUCUAAGAGCCGCAAUAAAUCAUGUUACCGGUUUUUGGGGAUGAUGAACUGGCAUUUUACAUUAAUCCUUAAGAUUUACCUGAUUUGGUCGAUGAAGUUUUAGACACUUAUCUAACACAUUCAAGAGUGUUUCUGGUUUUUAUGUGUGUUUAAAUGAUUGUGGAAAUCAUCUUUGAUUCAAUGGUUUGGAUUAAUUAGGAUAGAAUUGAAAAACUACUAGCUCUAAUUUACAAUAAAGUGCCUUUGGCUGAUAUCCAUCAAAUGAUAAUCCUAUGCUUUUGCAUUAACAUUCUAUUCUAAUGCAUAUAUUAUGCAUCAGGAAUUACAGGUGCAAUGCGUAAGUCUUACAAAACACUUAAUGUCUUUGGAAAUUUAUCAAUUUUAGGAAUGUUUUUGCAAAUAUUUCUAUCUUACACUUAUCAAUUCAAUAUCUUGGUAUUUGCAUUUAGAGUGCUAUCGUGCAUUUACGCAAAGUUUCUGAGUCACUUGAUCCUCAGUUUGAUCCUGUUACCUCAUUGAAAUUUAUUAUUAAUAU